CACGACACAAUGCCUAUCUGAUACCAGCGGUUCUCAGCCGGGUACUGGACAGAGAAGCAAAUUAAAAUGUGGCGAAUCAUUACAAAGGCGUCACCCCGCUGCGUGUCCUCUGGUUUAAAACCUGCACCACACAAACAGCCUGAAUUUAAAGGGAAAUUGCUUUGGAAACUCACUUGUUAACAAGAGUCUGCUGUUAACAGUUCAUCCUGAUUUGUCUGGAGCAAAGUGGUGGAGCAAUUGUCCCCAUCCUCCAAAAACUAAGCUGUCUGGUUUCCUUCAGGUUCCCCCAGCCACUCACCCGUCCCUUGUAGCCCCCGAUCAUCAGACUGGGGGAGGAAAGUCACCAUUAGAUGGCUCAGAAAACUCAGGCGCAUAAAGGCCUCAAUGUACAACAAACCAUGGCAGAGAGAAGACUUCUGCUAGAGCAUGAGAAUACCUUCAGAAAUUCAACACAAAGCUGGACAGCAGGCGCACCAGGAUGUCGUUGCUGGUGAAGUUCUUUUGCCAGGGUGGGUAGAGGAUGCAGUGAGCUGCAGUGAGGAUCCACUGAUCGCUGAUCAAACUGGCACCACACAGCAGCUCCUGUGGGGUGCGCUUGUACAGCAUCACCUGCCUGCAAACAAUACAGUCAGUACCUCUCCAGGCAGUAAUGUUAUACUGUGGUACGCAGUGGUGGAAUGCAACUAAAUACAUCUACUGUACUGGAAGUACAACUGUGAGGUACGAGGACUGAACAUCAUUUUCCUGGUGGGCGUGACGACGGAGCGCUCCAUGCCUACAGUCUCUGUCAUCAGUCCGUCAUCAAACAAUGGAUCCUCUGGAAGACCGACAGGUGCACCGAGACAGAGCGGGUCGUCUUCUAACCUGAGAGUUGGAACUGAACCCUGGGUGCUCGGGGUGUUAUCACCGGUAUCAUGUCUCUGAUUGUGUUGUCCAUCCUGUCCUGCGACCAUUGCAGCAACCUGAUGAUGUGCAACAAAUGGGCCCCAAACUAUUGGUGGGCAGCCAUGGUCUGGAGGGGCUGGGGACCAGCUGCUCGUUGAUAUGGACGGAGAAAUUGUUCAGGUUCUGAUCAUUGCUGCCCUGCAUUUCAUCUGUCAGCUGGGUCCUAUCAGAUGCCCAGUGGCUCACCACAGAGUUUCACAUCCUCUACAUGGUCAUCACCAUGGCGGUGUGUUGCCUUCUCUACUGGAUGUCGUAUGGCGUCAUUGUCAUGAUGGCCACCUUCUGUCAGCCACGUCUCUUCAGCCCCUUCGCCAGCAUUGUUCUGUUGAUCCUCGCCAAAAGUAGUACCGUCAUUUGACUCUGUGAUCUACUUCCUCAUGAAGGAACAGCAUGUGUACUGUGUUGCUGCCUACAUCUGUGGCUUGUCAUCAGCUGGACGUUCAUCAUGUGAUCAGCAGAUUCUCGGUUACGCUUGGGUGUUUCACCACUCCAGCUGAAGACACACGUGUCAUGGAGCGUAAACUGGAUCUUUCCCGUCUGACCGAUGAAGAAGCCAAACAUGUGUGGGAGGUGAUUCAGAGAGAUUUUAACCUACGAAAAAAAGAAGAGGAGAGACUCGGGGACCUGAAGACUAAGAUCGAGAAGGAGGACAUGAAGUGGGAGCUGCUGGGCUCUCAGAGUAAACUGGUCAACUGGCUGUGUAUCCGCUGCCUGCAGCCCUUCAAGUUCCUGCUCAACAGCAAACACCAGUGUCUGGACUGUCACCUGUACACCUGCAAGUCCUGUAGUCGCUACAACAACAAGGAGCAUGGCUGGGUGUGUGACAACUGCCGCAUGACCAGAGUUUUGAAGAUGGGGACUCUGGGUUGGUACCACGAUCAUUUCAGAAACCGGUUCAAACAUUUCGGCAGCGCCAAAGUGAUGAGGUUACUAUAUAAGAGGCUGAAUGGAGAGGGAGGUCGAGAAGACGACACUCAGAGCAUGCCAGACAUCCACAGCCACAUGUAUAACUGUAAAGAGGAUGACCGCAGCGAGGCCGAGGCUCAGCGCUACAAAGUGAUGCGGAAGCGCAAACGUCUGCUGUCGGUUCAUCCUAUGGACUUUGACACAGAGGAAUAUCUGCCUCAUUCACGACGACCCUCUGUGCAGCAGAUGCAGGAAGAUAGGUGUUACAGGAGCAAUGUGGACUACGACAUGUACAACCACCGAAUGAACCGCAGGAAGAGUCUGGACCGGUACGCCAUGAGAGCUGAUGACUAUGGGGACAGCAAGAUGGUUCGGACUCGCUCUCUAUCUAAGACCAGCCCCUCGGUAGCUCGGCAGCUGUAUGUCGACACCUCAGAGGAGGACGAGUACCAGAGGUACCCCCCCAUGUACCAACAACCCCCCCACUGCCGCAGAAACAGCAGAGCCUCCUCCCAGGAGAAUCUGGGUCAAGCCCCUCCUAUCAGCGAGCUGAACAAACGCAUGUGUGUCAUUGAGAGUUUGCUGAGCUGCCUGGAGGAGAAGAUGGCCCCCACUGGCCAGAAUCAGGCCGGUCAGAACGAGGAAGAAAAGCUGAGGAGGAAGCUGAGUGAGCUGGCAGGAAACUUGAGUGACAAAGGCCUAUCAUCGGACGACGAUGAUAGGAAGAAGCCCUUCUCUCUGGGUAAAGGUUUGGCCGCUGUUAGGGGCGGCCCGGCACUCACUCUGGACUCUCUGAAGGACAAAGAUCUGAGCUCGUCCAGCAAUGAGAUGCCCACUGAGGCUCAGAAGAGAUCGACUGCUGCUGCCCUCUGUGACCUCACCACUGAGGUCCUGAGAACCAUUAAUGCCACAGAAAACGCAAUGGUGAAGUACGGCUUCUCAGAGCCGAUCGACAGGUCCCACUUAGUAGGGACUGACAUAAAGCAAGCAGAUGCUUUCAAGAAACUUGAGGAAAAUGUGUACAUCACGGCCAGUCAGUCGUUCGAGCUAGAGACGAAGCUUUGGAAACUCGAACAGAGUGCCAAGAAUCCGUUUGGAGGGACAGCAGACUCUGAGCUGUCGGAGCUGGAGGAUGUGGUGGCUCUGACGGCUGCCAGAGUCCAGAGCACCGAGAGCGAGGUGUCCGAUAUUGAGAGUAAGAUUGCUGCUCUGAGCACUGUAGGAUCCAGGAAGAAGGUUUCUGGAUCUCAUCAGAGAAAAAAGUCACAAGACCUCCCGAAAAGCACCAGUGGAGCUCAGUGGAAAUCACACAACAUGCACUGAAGCUGGAACCUCCACAUGCCAAACCAGCUUCUCUUUUCUCUUCUUCUCUGCUCCGUCCACAAAACCAAUCUCGUUCUUCAAAAAGCUUGAGAUAAAGUUUUUAGCUGUAAAUGCUGUAGAGCAACAUCGACUUGUUUCUCCUGCAGACACCUUCUCUCUUUAUAAAACUGAACCAGUGCUGAGGAAAUAGAAAUAAAACAACAGCAGCAGCUUUUAAAUCUUCUUAUCAAACAUUAAUGCUAGACUCGUGUUCGACUGGCCACCAGUCCAGGGUGAGCUUAUAUAGAUUAUCCUGUAGAGGGUCAAGGGGGGCUGGGGCAUCAUUUUAAAUUUCAUUUGGACUCAUUGAACUAAAAUCUGCUGCUGCGACCUGUUAGAAAAGCAUGUGUGCGCACACUUUUCUCCAGUCAGUGAAACAAACCAAACUCUAUUUCCAGUUUAUUUAUUUGUUUAAAAAAAAUUUCUAGGUCAUCUUACUGCCAUUCUCUGGAGCUUUCAACCACUUCUCACAGAAGAGUCAGGAAGUCAAAUCAAACAUUACCAUCAAUGUCAGUAGAAACACAUUUUCCUCAUGUUGCUACUAUUUGCUAAAUAAAUAUAUCAGUUCAUUGUCAGCUGAUUGUGGGCAGAGGAGCCUAUUUAUCAGUAUUAGUAAUAAUCUGUGAUGUUUGAGAAUAUUAUUUAGAAGGAAAAUGUAGUUGGAAGAAAAUACUGAUGAAACAUGUUUUGUGUUGACCCCUAUAGUAUUUGGCUUUCUGAUCAAUAAACUAAA